CACAAUUUAUAGCGAUUAAGAUCUAAGGCCUUUUCACGGAUUAUCAAUUCAAGCAAAAGUAACCCUCUUGCCACCGCAUGUGCAGUCUCUGUUAACCCAAAAUAAAUGAAGAUUUAAUCAGAUCUUGAAAUGGAGAAUGGUAAUGGAGGCAACCUGCAAAAACUGUUUCAGAGGCUGGUAGCAAUGAUCUGUGAUAUCUUGCAAAAGCUGUUUUUUAUGGUGCUCUCAGUAGGUCCCAUCCCCAACCAUAUUGCCUUCAUUAUGGAUGGGAACCGAAGGUAUGCCAAGGGUAGAAAACUUGGUCCAGGUGCUGGUCACAAGGCUGGAUUUUCUUCUCUCAUUCGCGUUCUUGAAUGUUGUUAUAAGGCCGGGGUGAAGUAUGUAACUGUCUAUGCUUUCAGUAUAGACAACUUCAAGAGGGACCGUAGUGAAGUUCAGUCGAUUAUGGAUUUGAUGAUGGAAAAAAUUGAUGAGUUGCUUAGGGAAGAAAGCAUUGUGAAUAGUCAUGGGAUUAGAAUUAAUUUCUUUGGGGAUUUGAAGCUCCUAAGCGAGCCUGUGAGGAUGGCAGCUGAAAAAGCAAUGGCGGCAACUUGUAAGAACACCAAAGUAGUGCUCUCAGUUUGUGUAGCCUAUACUUCUACUAAUGAAAUUGUCCAUGCUGUUCAAGAAUCGUGUAAGGAAAAGUUGGCACGAGACCAAGUAAAUUCAAAUGUCAAUGGUGGAAUAAGUGGUUCUUUCAGGGGAUACACUAAGCCUUCAGAGGAAGCAUAUUCCAUUACUCUGGAAGAUUUGGAGAGGCACAUGUAUUCAGCUGAGUGUCCAGAUCCUGACCUCUUGAUUCGGACGUCUGGGGAGACUCGCCUGAGCAAUUUCCUUCUUUGGCAGACUACUUUCUGCUACCUGCAUGUUCUAGAUGCUCUUUGGCCAGAGAUCUCACCAUGGUGGCUGGGAUGGGUGAUCUUGCAUUACCAAAGAGCAAAGCCGUACAUAGAUAAAAAGAAGGCAGCAUUGUAAAUUCUGUUUCUCUUCAUAUAUGUGCACCUGUUGUACCAUUAAGCUCCAAUAAUUAUUUGAUGCCAAUAUUUGAGAAACUGAAUGACAUUUACCAUAUCCUAAUAGUGAACAUAAGUUUUUUAUCAGAAGAUAAUGCUUCUCUUUUAUUUCUUUUC